GCAGCCGGCCGGCCGGCUUCGAGAUAAAUCGACACGGAAGAGUGUCGUAAUCGGGGCCGGGGUACCGUGGCACCCCACGUGGUGGGUGACGCAGGUGCAACAGCGCCUAUGUUCUCCUUCUCCCCUUUUCUCCCUCCCUCCCUCUCUGUCUCUCUCUCUCUCUCUUUUUCGCUCUCUCCGUAUCCUACGUUCUCUUUUCCAUCGACGAUACGACGACCAAUUCAUUCGACGAUGCAGGCAAAUACAUACGGUGACACGAAACUAAAGUAAAUAUAAAUUAACGUUUAACUUGUAAAACAUUCUUUCGGCAUUCGUGUCGCGUCGAUGGUUUAUUAGGAUACGGUCGAAGCCAAUCUUUCUUUGGAUUCUUUGGAUUCGUUGCGAGCAGUUGAAAAUUUCGAAUUGGGAACAUCGUAUUCGCGCAAGAGUGAAUAUUUCCUUCCUCUUCGAUUAUUAUUCGCGCAUCUUCUCGGUGUAAUCAACUUUUCGCUUUGAAAUAACGAGUUCGUUACGUUUCGAGAUAACCGCACGGACCGCUUCUCCAUCCCCGAAUCAACGUCAGCCACGAAACCAAUACAUCGGGAAGAGGACUCGAGCGAUAAAGUGUCACGUGAAUCGGCAGGGCAGGGUUUUAAAGCUCGAGACGAAAAUUACUGGAUAUGAGUGGAAGGGGAUGAUGAUGGGUAACGUGUGGAUGCAGAGAGGAAAAGAUGCACGGACUACUUUUUACCGUUGUCACUUUUUCUUGCUCUCAAUUUUAUCGAUUCCCUUGUCGAAGCCUCCUUUGUCAAACAGCCUCCGUUACGACCGAUGCAAAUUUUCGAUUCUAGAGUCGAGGUGUCAAGCGCGCGGACGAGACGAGACGAGACGAGACGAGACGAUUCUCGAGAUUGAAAAAAAAAAUAAUUCUCUGAAAAAAAAUAUAUUCGUCCUCGUUCCCCGCGAUCUCGAUUCUAAUCAUCAUCGAUCAUCGAGGAAAAGUAAGAAAAGAAAAGAAAAGGAAAGAAGAGGGGAGGGAGGGAAAAAAAAUAGACUAUCGUUCGCACAGAUAUAAGUAUCUCCUACCCCCUUGCCAUUAAACCGACACAACUCGAAAAACGUGUUUUUCGAGUUAUCACUAUGUAUGAGAAAGUUCUUUAAGGUUCUAUAGAUAAAUAUGAAAAAUAUAAAAAAAAUAACACUGGAUCCUGUCUCGUGAGAAUUAUACUCCUUUUUUCAUAAUGAAUUUAAUUAAACAUAAUAGUCAAAGUCGCUCCCUUGCAGUUUGUUCUUUCUUUUUUUUUUUUUCGUUUUUUUUUCUCUCUCUCUCUUCACUUUCAAGGAUAUGACUCAUCAAAGGAGUUGCAGGUACGCUCGAAAGGUACGAUCCUCGCAACAAAAUUUCCACGGGGGAGAGAUCGCAUUGUCUCGAGCAUUUGUCUUUUCGACGAGUUCCUCCUAAUGAUUUGGCGGUGAUCACCAGGCGGCGCUCGCGUCGUUACGCAACGUCCCAAUUCCACGCGAAACGAUGGAAGGAACACUUCCUGUAUCCCGGCCGCGAGACAGAAAAAACUUUUACCUUCGAUCGGCAUUAGCAUGGCUCGCGCAUGUUAUAUAUCCGUGAUACGAACGAUCCGCAUAAAACCGCGACAUGGAUGAAUCGUGGCCACCGGCCUCGUAAAUGUAUAUCUGUCGCGAAUUUUGCAAGCCGCCGUUUCAAAACUCCCUGUUCCCGUCUUAUCCGCUCUGUUAUGCUCGCCGCAAUGCCAAUUACUUUUUCCAUGUCUUCCUCGCCGAUCUUCCCACGAUCUUUCAGACAUUCGUCGGAUCAAAUGUUCAAAUUCGACGUAAACGAAGCUCUUCUCUUUUUAUCAAAUUAAUAAAUUAGCAAGUUGUUGGAAAAAUUUUUGUCUUUUUCAUUAUUUUAUCGAUACCGCGAUUAAUCGUAUCGUUCGAAGAAAACUCGCGUAAGGAGUUUGUUUCGUGGAUAAAUACGGAUAAGUAGAUACAAGAAAUUGAAAAUUUUCCAACGAGAAUCACGCGUUUCGUAUAUAUAUAUACGCGAUUCUGUUCACAUUGUACGUGUACAUUUCCAUUUUCCCGCGUAGAGAAGGAAAGAUCGGACGAAAUAAGAAUCGUCGAGGUGUUAUACGGGUGUUUAUAAUAAACAGACGAGAUGUAUGCACUUAUGUAUAGGCCGCCACUUGACCGUUAGAGCGUAAUGCACGACCGCUACAUGCAGAUCAACGUCACCGGGACGCUCUUUCCCGAUGCAGAAGAGAAGGGAUAAGGAGAAGAGAGAGAGAGAGAGAGAGAGAGAGAGAGAGGGGAUCAGGCCGUUACAUUUUCAAUAAUUUCUUACAUAACUCGUAACACCAUAGCCGGAACCAACUUCUAUCCAGGACAGUGGAAUAUUCCUGAGCUUUUCGGCCGGCUCGAUCUUUCUAGAUUCUUCAUUGAAUUGGGGGCCGACACCACGUCCGUUCCAUGACUACGAAUGGAUAUUAUCGAGAUAUUAUCGAUGAUUUCGCAAUAUUUUAAUUUCGAUUUCGAAUUUCAUAAACGAUUUUUCUCUUUUUUCUUUCUCUUGUUUUUUUUUCUCGAUCGAUGACGGAAGAAUUGUAAUAAUAUCGCGAAAUGAUAAUUCUGAAGAAGAAGAAGAAGAAGAAGAAGAAGAAGAAGAAGAAGAAAGAGAAAUCGAGAGGAUGUAUUUCAAGCGAAUUUGAUCGUUGAAGAGGAUAGAUAUCACAAGGUGGUUUUUUUUCUUUUUUUUUUUUUUUUUUUAAUUUAACGUAUCUCUCGGCUUAUCAUUAUACUUCACAAUGUAUUGAAAUGGUUGGAAGCUAAUUUCUGCCGUCUCGAAAGCCUUGAAGGAAGGACAAGGGCAGCCCCGUGAUCUAAUGCGAGGCGGAGGAUCUCAGCGUCUGUCGAUUUUAUUCAACGCUAAUCCAACCUUGAUUUUUGGCACUGCUCGCCUUCAAUACGAAUACGAGAAUAUCAAGCAGCUUUUGUAUCUCCGGAGAUCUAUCUGUGGCAACGUCGAUCGUGAUCCCAUCAGUUUGUAAUCUUCCAAAAAUAAACUCUUAAAAACUCUUCCCUCUUAACUUUUUCAUCUCGAAUAGUUCUUUUUCUUCUUCUUCUUCUUCUUCUUAUUCCGUUAUUUACUCUGACAAGACAUAUUCGAAUAAUUGUAACAAACACAAUGGGAAAAAAUAUCUCUCGCGAUGAGAAAAACAAUUUAUUAUUAUUCGUCGCUCGCGAAUAAUAAUAUUUAGCCGCGUUGCUGCGAUUCGAGCGUUGUUGCUUGUUGGGCUUCGAGAAAAGUGUGUCACCGAACCGCCUCGCCUCUCUCACUUUCUUCCGAUUCACUCUUCUCGCUCAAAAACAAUCGACGCCGAUUUUAAUAAUUCGUUUCGUCACACUUUUCCACUCCACGCUUGUAACUUGAAAAUUAAUCCCGACAACUCUCUCCGAAUUUAAUUAAAAAAAAAAAAAGAAAAGGAAAAAAAUGCUUGCAAAUUUAAUUUCGCAAGAAGAGGAGGGAAAAGAAGAAGAGAUCGAAACGCAGGGAUCCAACGAUCGAGAAGAGCCGUUGUUGAGUUAACCCGCGCGAAAAAAAAUAAAACCUGCCCGUCCGCGAAUGCAAGUGGAUAUUGAAAAUAAAGGAUAAGCGGCAGAUCCAAGACAUCCGGUAUCGUUCCAUUGUUGUCGAACGAAGCCUUGAUUUUGGCGGGACCUUCGUCGAGCGUCUGGCCGGUUCCCGAUAUCCGCCCAACGGAUCGGAUCGAUCCGCCUCACCUCUCGCGCUCUCGUUCCUCGUCGAUUCGCUUUUCGCGGACGCGCCGCGAUCUUGAAAUUCCGCGAGCCCAAGGCGCUUCGCUCGCUCGCUCGCCCGCUCGCGUGGGAUCGAGAUCGAGAUCGCAAGAGCGAGAAAACACGGCCGUCGGAUUCCUUUUUUUCUUCUUCUUCUUCUUCUUAAACCGGCCACGUGGAUCGAUUAUCUCGAUAUUCCUCCCCUUACGUCAUUUUUCUUUUUUUUUCCAACCAAUACACGUCUCGAAUUUCGAAGUAGAUUCGACAGUCUCCUUUGAUCUACUUUGAAUUAUCCCGAGAAUUAUUAAAUUUGUGUUAUAUAUAAUCGAGGUGAAAAAAUCUGAAGGAUCCACGUAUCAGAAUUUAUUCGUCGCGUGACUCGAGGUAUUUUAAUAGACGAUAGCUGCCGAGCGGUCUUAUUUCGCGUGCAACCAAAAUGGGGGCCAUCCCAGCCUCGCGUCGUUUCGUAUCCUUUCGAAAAAAUAUCCCCAAUUGGAUCAAACGAGGAAUGUGCUCCAAAUAUUUAUUCUCCAAACUCUCUGAUCAACGUAUUGCGAAUGUAUUUCGAUCCAUCAUCAGUGCGUGAGAAACUUCUCACGGUGAAGAAAAAAAAGAAGAAGAAGAAAAAGAAAAGAGGAAAAUGGAAUCGGCGUCCCUUCGUUCGCGUACGCGUCGUCGAAGGAGAGGUGUGGGGCGGCGCGUGGUUCGAUCGAAAGCGAAAUGAAAAAUCGGCGCGGGGGGUGGAAAGCGGGGGCCAAGCGAAAAAAGGAGCUUUGGCUGGCUGGAGGAGAGCCGAGGAGAGCUUUCCCGUUAUGCGCCUCCUCUCUAAGCCGAUUUCGAGCUGGCGGGCAGAGAGGCCGGUACCGCUAGCUUCCCAGAAAUCGACGCUCGAUAAUGCCUCUCGAUACGGAUGAAGCAAUCUCCUACUGUCGCGCACCGCCGCGAGGGGGGAAAAAAAGGCUGGUGGAAAGGGGUGGGGGGGCCGAGUGGCAGGGCCAGGAUGGGGGAAGUCGCACAUAUAGCCGACACACCACUAGCUCAUGUUUUAUUCAUCGAUUCGAAACAAAUUCGAAGCGUGUACUCUUCGUCGCGUGCUUCCUCUUCGUCACAGAUAACGUGGUCGUCCUUCUCUUAUCCGAGCUUUCAGGGCUAUACCUUCCCGUUCAGGGAUGUAUAGAAGACAUUCGAACACGACGUGAAAUCUCUUCUCUUCGCCAAUUUUAUUUUUCUUUCUUCCUUUUUCCUCUUUUCUCUUUGCUGGUCUUUGGCUUGAUAUUUUUCAAUAGAGGCAAUUUUUAUAUUUAUAUUUAUAUUUAUAUUUGUUCCUCGUAUUACGAAAUUUUUGUGUUUAUUUAUCGUUAUGAAAUAGAUUGGGUUGUAAUGUAUAUUAAUUCUGUUCGAGUUUGGUUUCGAAGGGAUAAAGUUCGAAGGAGAGCAUCGAAGUGAAAUAUAAGAUGUCUCGUCAGCCAAUCUUGUUUCGACAACUUCCGCGCUCUUGAUUAUUUGUAAUAUUUUCGAAAGGCACGGAUCGGAACGAAUCGUAUUUCUCGUUGGUGAUUCUUUUACUAUUCUUUCUUUUUUCUUUCUUUUCUUUUUUUUUUUUUUGGUUUCUUUUUCUGAUGCCAUUAACGAAAUCUACGUCAUACGGUUUCAUAAGUUUGCGAAAGUUAUUUGACAAUUCAAAACGUUUCGAAGAAAGUUCCCGAGCGGUAAAGUGGAUCAGAUCCAACGUAAAAAAUAAUUGCGUCUGACUUAAAUUCGAUUCUACUGAAUUGACCUACUACGUCCAGUGUUGACGUAUUGGUCAAGUAUCUUUGCGAAUUUCUUCUAAAGGAUGUCAGAAGAUCAAGAGAUUAUUAAAAAUGUUCGACCUAACCGGGAUAUUGAAUUUUUAUUCGGAGAAUACAGGUAUUUCUUCCUUUUAUUAGGUAUUGAGAAAAAUCAUUCGUUUUUCUUUAUCUUUUUUAUUCCCAACUUUGUGGCGUUAGAAAUAAUCGAAACACCACGACGAAACAUCGACGAAUUUUGGUUGGAAUAAACAAAUUUGCUACUUUAUCAAAAUUAUCUAUCGAUGAACAAUUAAACGUUUCCUGAAUUAUUUCCUCGAAACUAUUUACAAUAGGGAAAACAUGAUGAUUUUAUUUUUCAACAGCAAAAAGAACCUUUUUCUUCUUUUUCUUCCUCGAUCGAAUCGACGAACAUGGAUCGCGUCGCAAAAUUGCGCAACUUUCAUUUAAUGUCCCGUAGAAAUAAUUUCAGAUUCGUGAACCGAUCGAUUUUCUUGGAUCGAAGAUAACGAAAAAUGUCGAUGACGAAAUUUGCAGACGUAAACAACAUGCGGUGUUUUGCAUUCGAAUGGAACGAAAGCAAAAUUUUUCGUUCCGUGCAAUCGCGUUUACGAUAAAUUAAUCAAACACGAAUCUUCUCUCAUCGAUCUUCGCGAUCUUCCACCUCUUUAAAACCGUCCGUCCCAAUGAACAGGGAAACAGGAAGAUCGAAACGCACGCAUCUCCGACCAUUACCGUAUAUCCAUACUGUAAAAACCGUAAAAAAUCGUAACCGUUUCUCGGAGAGAAGUCGAGUUCGAAUCGCAGAAAAUCGACGAUGAUGAAAAGAUGGAACGGAACGAAGAGGCGAGAAGUGGUUUAACAACCCUUGUGCAGCACCCUCGAAUGGCCCCUCUCCCUCCUCUCUCCCCCGAUAACGUCCGAUAACGAGAGAGGAACGCGUGGAAGAAAUGGAAAAACGAAGGAAGUUUCGGGCGAGGACGUCGGACGAUCGGGCGUGUGGGAUGGAAGAAGAUGGGCCUGGGGGGCGCGGGGAGGCAUGGGCAGAGGUGCCGAAUCGACAAACGUCAGGUACAUCGAAAUAAGAACGGAAUAAAGCGGUGGCCUGGCGUGGAUGGGAGCGUAGCCGGUCUCACGAGGUGCUCGUUGGACUGGAGGCGCACCACCUUGCUGCCAGAAAACCCGAUGGCACCUUAAGAAGAGAAGUCAAGGGCAAGAAGCGUCCCUUCGUUGCCCGGUCUGGCCCAGCUUGGGCCCUACUUGGACCCCACUCCGCGACACGUCGUGCCCCCACCCCCUCCCCGCACCUCCCCUCUGAGUAUCCUCUGUGUAGAGGAUCCCCUGCUCUCUCCAGCCCCUUCACCUCCUUCUGGAUCUCCCUCCCUUCCCCUCCCAUACCUUCUAUCAUCCUUCCGUUCCGCUCCCUCCACCUUUCCAGCCCUUCUUCUUCGGGCUCUCCCGUUCCACACACGAACGCCUCCAAGAGUUGGAGAGUUGGCUCUCUCGGUGCUUUCUUGAAAUUCGUCUCUCUACCAGCAGUAGCAGCACCAGCAGCACCAGCAACACACCGGGUUGUGUUAUAUACACUUACGACAGAGUACGACAGAGAGACCAACCUCUCCUCCCCCUUUCGUCUCAACACGAAUCCAUAUGUAUGGGGUGUGUGGCGACGCAAAUGUGCUGACUACAUUACGCCGCUAUAUAAGAUAGCCGACCAACCAUCCUAUCCCCACAGACCGAGCCAGAUCGGCAGACCGUUCACAGACGGACCAACGAACCGAUCUACCGAUACAGACACGGGCACGCAUCAUUUUUUUUUUUCGUUUAUCGGGACCGGCCACGGAUCGAUCGCGAAUCCACCGAUAAUCCAUCAAUCCCGUUCCACUCGUUGAUCGUCGAUCGUUCGUGAUCGUCGUGGGAUCACGAUCACGAGCCAAUCGCCGGGGUGACGUCGGAUUAUUUUUUUUUUUUUCUUUUUUCUCUCCUUCUUUUACCACCAACCAUCUCUUACCACCAACUUUCCUCUCUAUCUCUCUCGCUCGUCAACCGAUCGACCAAGGCCAAACGCACGGCUACGAUUCCGACAACGAGCAAAAAAAUUCUUCCCGCAACUUCUUUCCGCGAAUUGCACGAUCGCGAUUUUUUGGCAAAUUGGCACGUGGUGAAACGAGACCGUACCGAAACCAGAGCUUUCCGUUCGUCGAAAUUUUCGGUCACAGAGAAUAAUAGGUCGCCUUCUCGCGAUCCAGGUACCCUAGGUCGGUACCUACCGCGAAAAGGGGAAGAGAAAGAGAAAAGAAAGAGAGGCCACGAAAUCCCAUCUUUGUGAGAAUCGUCAGUGAGUGCAUCGGCGAAGGGGCGUCGAGAGGAGCGUGGAAAGCAUCGAAGAUGAUCCCUUUGACAGCCACCACGUGCUUCCUAAUCGCUAUCACGUUCCUGGCACUCGCCCUCAUCCUGUUGGAUCACCUAAGGUCCAAGAAGACGACGAAGAACGUCGUGUUGGGUGACGACCAACACGCCCUACCAGAACCACCUGGACCCAAACCGUGGCCGAUUCUUGGCUCCCUUCAUAUCCUGGGACGCUACGACGUACCCUACAAAGCUUUCGCUGACCUUGUUAGGGACUUCGACUGCCAGGUGAUCAAACUCAGGAUGGGAUCCGUGCCCUGCGUGGUCGUCAAUGGGCUGGAGAACAUCAAAGAAGUGCUCACCGUCAAGGGACACCACUUCGAUUCCAGGCCCAACUUUGCCAGAUAUCAUCUGCUCUUCGGUGGAAACAAGGAGAACUCCCUGGCAUUUUGCAACUGGUCGGAUGUGCAGAAAGCCCGAAGGGAGAUGCUUCGCGCGCACACCUUUCCCCGCGCCUUCUCCACGCGUUUCAACGAGCUGAACGGUAUAAUUGGCGAUGAGAUGGAGUUUAUGGUGAACCAUCUGGACUCCUUGUCGGGCACGAGCGUUCACGCGAAACCGUUGAUCCUCCAUUGCUGCGCCAACAUCUUCAUCACCUAUCUUUGCUCGAAGAACUUCCAUCUGGAGCACGACGGUUUCCGAAACAUGGUCGAGAACUUCGACAAGGUGUUCUUCGAGGUGAAUCAGGGAUACGCGGCCGACUUCCUCCCGUUUCUUAUGCCUCUUCACCACAGGAACAUGGCCAGAAUGGCGCACUGGAGCCACGAGAUCCGAAGAUUCGUCAUCAAGAACAUCAUUGCGGACAGAUUGAAGAGUUGGAACGACGUUGUGCCCGAAAAAGAUUACGUGGAUUGUCUGAUCAAUCACGUGAAGAGCGGGACAGAGCCCCAAAUGUCCUGGAACACGGCUCUCUUCGUCAUGGAAGACAUCAUCGGCGGGCACACGGCCAUUGGAAAUCUUCUGGUCAAAGUUUUAGGCUUCCUCGCAACGAGACCUGAGAUUCAGAGAUUGGCGCAGGAUGAGAUCGAUGCUCUCGGCCUCGCCGGCAACUUCGUAGGAUUGGAGUACAGAAGAUCCUUGCCUUUCGUCGAAGCCAUUAUCCUGGAAACUAUCAGGAUAAUCGCCAGCCCCAUUGUCCCUCACGUUGCCAAUCAAGAUAGUUCUAUCGCCGGUUUCAGAAUCAAGAAGGACACGUUCAUCUUUCUCAACAAUUACGAUCUGAACAUGUCCACCGAUCUGUGGACCAGCCCAGAGGAAUUCAUACCGGACAGAUUCGUGCAGAACGGAAGACUGUUAAAGCCUGAGCACUUUCUGCCUUUCGGCGGUGGUCGUAGAUCCUGCAUGGGCUAUAAACUGGUCCAAUACGUGAGUUUCGCGAUCUUGGCAAGCAUUCUGAAGAACUUCACGAUAACGUCUGUGCAAAAGGAGGAUUACACGAUCCCUAUUGGAAACCUGGCUCUCCCCGAGAUGACUUACAAAUUUCGAUUCGAGCGGCGGUAGGGCCUGAAUUAGGGCGUGAACAACGUUGUAAGUUCUGGAGAAAAUAGGGACUGACCCACAAGGGAUUUCAAGGGUUGCUUCGACGAAGCUUCGAAGAGAGAGAGAAAGAGAGAGAGAGAGAGAGAAAGAGAGAGAGAGAGAGAAGGAGGAAGGAACCUCGACACAAGGCAAUCGAUACAAGGAUGGAUCGUUGGAUGAACGAACGAUUCUUGAGAGAACAUUCAAGGAAGGAGAUUCAGAAGCGAAGAGAGAUCAGCUGAAGAGAGGCUUCUGAUUUGUUUUUUUUCUUCUUCUUCUUCUUUUUUUUUUUUUUUUAGACAAAGCUUUAUAAGAAGGUCGAAUAACCUUAAUGAUAAUAAGGGUGAGAAACGAGGAUUCGGCCUUCGUCAGCAACGAGAGCUUUACUGACAUUACUAGAUGGUUAAGAUAGUAAAAUUGUUGAUCGUCCGCCGACGAGUGGAACACUCCGCCGCCCCCUCUUUUUUUUUCCUGAAAAAACGGUUCGUAGACGAUCAUCCGCGAUAUCAGGAGAGAAAACUUGGACUGAAAAGAAGAGGACUCCGAGAAUUCCGCGCUGACGGGAUGCUGCUGCGAGAGAAACAUUGUCCUUGUCAGAGAGAACAGCUUAGGUAAAUCGUAAUCUUACGAUGCCAUCUUUUUGUUCUUUCUUUCUUAUUAGAAUCAUCGUGCUUGCGCGUACUUUCCUUAAUGGAAAUGGAAAAAUGAAAAAAAAAAAAAAAAAGAAAUAAUGAAAGGACGUCUGCGCGUUAUCGGAUACCGGUUGCAAAUAUCCGAAGAUUGUUUUCUCUCGUAAUCGAUGAUCCUUUGAUCGAUAUCGAUUUCGUUAUUUUUUUUUUUAGUAGUUUCUCUUCUUCUUUUCUCCACUUUCUUUUUUUUUUAAAUUUUUCUCACGCUAAAUCACGAGCCUUAUCGAUCGAUUUCGAGGGAAAACGAUAAAUCGGCCGAUGAUUCACCUGGAUCAAAAAUCAGCCGAGAUUCGCGGAAUUCGUCGCCUGUUUGAUCGAACGAUCACGUACACACGAUCUGUCGUCUGAUAACCUCGUUCGAAAGACGAGACCCGAGAACGUGAGCGGUAAGCACGCCGAAGACGAGACGAUUAGGAGAGAACGAAACGUCUCGCGGCCCCCAAAAAGGGUGAAAUUCCCCAACUCGAUCCGAUAUCCAUAUAUAUACAUAUAUAUAUAUAUAUAUGAUUUUUUCGCGGUAUAAUAUACACCGAAUACUCGAUCAAUAUCCGCAUCGACGUUGAUCCAAUAUUUGAUCCACAUGUGAAUUUCUACGCGGUUUUGGAGUUGUAAGUGUCGAAUACGAGUUAUUUGAAUGAAUGCACAGUUUCAGAACCGUUGUGAGAUCAGCUUCAUUUCUGUCUUGUUCAGCUUCUUUUCGGUGUUUUUUUUUUUUUAUGUAGAGAUCCAAUAUAUUUUUUAUUUAGAGCGAAUACCAAAGUAAUGAAAUGAAAUGAAUUAUUAUUACGUUAAGCUGUAUUUAUUAGCUGCAACUAGUCACGGUUCUAGUCUUUUCUUUUCUUUUUUUUUUUCUUUCAAACGAUCGUGGCUUAAUCAUGGACCAGCUAUGAAUAUUUUGAGUUUCCAAUGUUGGAGCAACGUUCGAACGAGAUAUAUAGCAUUCGAUCGGUUCGUUUGUUUUUCUUUCUUUUUGUCUUUUUCCUUUCUUUCUUUUUUUCUUUCAUACUUUCUUUCUUCCUUCCUUUCUUUUCGAAGGGAACAUCUCACUGAAGCGUACAACAUGUUAAAUUUGUUUAAUUUCCCUUCUUCUUUCCUUCUCAUCCUUCCUUCUUUUCUGAUUCCAUCCCUAUAUAUAUAUCUUCUCAUUCUUUCCUUAUCCUUUAGCGAAACAAAUAGAUCCAGUAUCCACCUUCUUUCGAAAUUACAAGACGAAAAAUAUAUUUGAAAUAUUAUAUAUUUGAAAUAAUAUAUAUGUUAUGAUGCAAGUGGUCGUUUGUAAGGGGUGGAUAAAAUGAAUACGAACGAGUCUCGAGUAAGACGAAAAAUUAUAUUGAUUAUAAAAAAAAAAUGACUGAUUAAAUGAUUUUUCUCAAAAGAGAAAAAUCGUUCUCCCGCGAGCCACAUAACUCGCAUUAUAUAGUAAUAGUAAUAAUUUAUUUCCGCUAUUAAGCAUCGAUUCUUAUUAUUAUUACCAUUAUCAUCAUCAUCAUCAUCAUCAUCAUCACUAUUAUUAUUAUUAUAAUAAUAAUUAUUAUUAUCACUAUCGUUAUUAUUAUUAUUAUUAUUAUUAUUAUUAUUAUUAUUAUUACUAUUAUUAUUAUUAACAUUAUUAAUAUUAUUAUUAUUAUUAUUAUUGUUAUUAUUAUCAUCAUCAUUAUUAUUAUCAUUUUCAUUGUUAUUAUCAUUAUUAUUGUUAUCAUUAUCAUCAUCAUUAUUAUUAAUAUUAUAAUAUUAUUUUUGUUGUUGUUGCUGUUGUUAUUAAUAAUUAUUAUAUUAUUAUUAUUAUUAAUAUUUUUAUUAUUAUUAUUAUUAAUAUUUUUAUUACUAUUAUUAUUAUUAUUAUUACUAUUAUUAUUAUUAUUAUUGUUAUUGUUAUUGUUAUUAUUAUUAUUAUUAUAUUAUUUUUUUUGCGCUUGCUACUAUUAUCAUCACUAUUAUUAGUAAUUAGAAUUUUCAUCCCUUUUUUUUGUCAUCACAAAUCUCAAUCACCCCACAUAUCGCGCUUCCACGUCCGUACGUUAUUUUAUGUUUUGUUAUUUAAUUAUCGUGAUUGUUACUACAUUUGUUAAUUUAUUUUUAAGAUUUUAAUAAUAAAAAGCGACAAAUAA